GGCGGCGGACGGCUGCCUGAGCCCAGGGCUCCUCCACGCGCCCAGCGCGGGACGGGAGGGGAACGUGUGACUUUCCUCCGGCCACAUUGCGUCACGCCGUGCGCGUGCCGGGCAGUGACGUCAUACAGAAAGGGCCAUGACUGCCCAGGAAGGGGGGAGGGGGACGUUAGUGCCUCACGAGCUAAAGGCGUGCUGUAAGCAAGUCACGAGACGUCAGCCUUCCCCUCUCCUCCGGGCGGACAGGGCCUCGGCUGGAGGGUUGCGUGCGGUUCUGGGCGCUAGGGUUCAGGAAGGAUGUGGACCCAGUGGAGAAAGUCCAGAGAAGAGCGACAAGAAUGACUGAAGAUCUAGGAAACACCCCCUGGGAGGGACGAUCGAAACCGUUGGGUUUGUUUAGUCUGGAGGAGAGACGCCUGAGAGGGGACACCAUCACAGUUUUCAAGUAAGGCAAGUCUUGCCAAGUACCCUGAGAUCAAGAAGCUGAUGGGUCCAGAUCCCCAACUGAAGUGGGUAGUUACCCUGAUGGUGCUGACCCAGCUGGUGGCCUGCUACCUGGUGAAGGACCUGCCUUGGAAGUGGGUCUUCUUCUGGGCUUAUGCCUUCGGGGGCUGCCUCAACCAUUCCAUGACACUGGCCAUCCAUGACAUCUCCCACAACGUGGCCUUCGGCAACAAGGAGGCCAAGUGGAACCGCCUCUUCGGCAUGUUUGCCAACCUGCCCAUCGGGGUCCCCUACGCCACCUCCUUCAAGAAGUACCACGUCGACCACCACCGCUACCUGGCCGGGGAUGGGCUCGACGUGGACGUCCCCACGGCCUUUGAGGGACGCUUCUUCCACUCGCCACCCCGCAAGAUUCUCUGGCUCUUCCUUCAGCCCAUCUUCUACAUCCUGCGGCCCCUCUACAUCAACCCCAAGCCCGUCACCGGCCUGGAGGUGAUCAACGUUGCCGUGCAGCUGGCUUAUGACCUCUUGAUCUACUCCUUGUGGGGGCCCAAGCCCGUCUUUUACAUGAUUGCUGGCUCCACGCUGGCCAUGGGGAUCCAUCCCAUCUCCGGACACUUCAUCGCCGAGCACUACAUGUAUCUCAAGGGCUACGACACCUUCUCCUACUACGGCCCCUUGAACUGGCUGACCUUCAACGUGGGUUAUCACAUGGAGCACCACGAUUUCCCCAGCAUCCCGGGCAGCAAGCUGCCACUGGUGAAGAAGAUCGCUGCUGAGUACUACGAUCAUCUGCCCUACCACACCUCCUGGGUCUGCGUCCUCUGGGACUUUGUCUUCUGUGACUCGCUGGGGCCCUUUGCCCGCGUGAAGAGGAAGUACAAAGUGGCCAAGGCGGAGUGAAACAAGAGGGUCACCCAACAGAGCUCCCCGCUCUCCAGCCUCUCAGGGGACGGGGGGAGGUUUGACAUCAGGGGAGUUAUUUAUACCUGUUGCCUAAUACCAGAUGUGUACACGCUUCAUUUAAGAGUCAAAUAUUGUCAAAGACUCUACUGACCGAGAUAUGAGUCAUUAGGCAGCGUGAUCGGGCCAUGGGAGUACUCCUCCUGACUGCUCGGCUGGUGUACAACUACCCCAGACCAUCCAUGCCCCUCCAGCAACCAACACAGGGGGUGUGGCCAAUGGUACUGGGACAUGGCUGAGAAGGGGGUGUGGCUAGGGCAUCUCCUGGGAUCACCAGCUGCUGCUAACAGUCAGUGUAGAUUAGAGCAGCCUUCAGGCUAUUCUCUGCCAGGGACUAGGUUGGCAUCCCGAUGGCUUUCCUGCCACCUUCAUUCCUCCCACACCCCAGACUUCUUAUCAAAUGGUCCCCAGCCAAUCUGGAGCAUCGGCUGGUACGUGUACAUAGGUAUUACUAAGGGCCACCAAAGAUACCUCGGUCUAGGCUGCAGCUUUACAGGCCUGAUUCCCCGCUCCCUCAAAGUGGUGUGAAUCUGGAGUGACCGCAUUGAAAUCAGUGGCAUUGAACAGGCAUAAAUCCAUGGGAGUCAGUGGGGCUGAUUCAUGCCUCCCUCACCCUGCUCUAGACCAAGAGCAACUGUCCUAGUACGGAUGUAAAUGAAACAAGAAUCGGGCCCCUUAUAAAAUUUGAACUGUAAUAAGUGAAUACCUAGAUCUGCAAGAAAGGACCAGGCAUACAUAAUGCAAAGAGACAGCCCUACUUAAUUAGUCAUGUUUCUUAUAUUAAAAAUAACUUGAGGAGAAGCUUCA